AUGCGUACGUUGUUCACGCGGUAUAAAUAAGUGAGGUUAUUUGUAUCAACAGAAAUACAAUCGUUUGCAAACUUUUUUGUUUGUUAAAUAGCAACGAACGAAAGAAAAGUUUGGCGUAUUUAAGUAAUUUUUGCUUAGGGUUAUUUCUAAUUUUUUCGAAAAAUGGAUGACGAAGCUGAAACAUACAAAUUAUGGCGUAUAAGAAAAACGGUAAUGCAAUUGUGUCACGAUCGAGGUUAUCUAGUCACACAAGAUGAAUUGGAUCAAACUUUGGAACAAUUUAAAGAACAAUUCGGGGACAAACCAAGUGAAAAAAGACCAGCACGCAGCGAUCUUAUAGUUUUGGUUGCUCAUAAUGAUGAUCCGACAGAUCAACUUUUUGUAUUUUUCCCAGAUGAACCAAAAAUUGGUAUCAAAACUAUUAAAACCUACUGUCAACGUAUGCAGGAAGAGAAAAUUCACAGGGCUAUUAUUGUUGUGCAACAAGGAAUGACACCAUCGGCAAAACAAUCGUUGGUGGACAUGGCACCAAAAUAUAUAUUAGAACAAUUUUUAGAAUCUGAAUUGCUUAUUAAUAUCACAGAACAUGAACUGGUACCUGAACAUAUUGUACUUACACCAGACGAAAAAGAAGAAUUACUUACCAGGUACAAACUAAAAGAAAAUCAAUUAAUGCGUAUACAAGUUGGUGAUCCAGUGGCACGUUACUUUGGUUUAAAACGUGGUCAAGUUGUAAAAAUUAUUAGGCCUUCGGAAACUGCUGGUAGAUAUAUUUCUUACAGACUUGUAUGUUGAUAUAUUGUGCAUUAUUUUAAGAGUAAACUAGACUAUGUAAUUUUUAUAAUUACUAUGUAAGAUAAAGAAAAAAUAAGAUCUUGUUAAAAUAUACUUCAUUAAAUUUUAAAAGAAGAUAAAAGUCCAUAUCUGUCACAUGAUACUUUAUUAUACUUUAGUUGCAUUUCAUAAUUACAUAAUUGGUGGUUAUCUACUAACUAUACAUCAGGCAGUUAAUAAUGCUUGGCGUUAAUUUUGCAACAAUACAUUUUCUUCAUAUUGUAAAUUUAUCUUAAUUGGCUUAUUAGCUGUAAAAAAAAGGUAUAAGCAGUGUAAUUUUAUACAUCUUUAACAGUAACGAAUAAAAUCAAAUUCAACAAAAUAAACUUUGUUCAAACAUAUUUUUUAUUACAUUUCAUUAUUAUACAUUUCUUGGUCCAAAUGUGUCAUGGUAUACCGUUGUCAUAAGACAACUCAAUUCCAAAUUCAUUUAAGCAAUUGUACACAUAUAGUUUCAAAGCAAUAUUUAUAACAACUAUAUUUGUAUAUUGCUUUAUUUGUUGCUGUCUUAAAGACUUUGUUUUAACAUUUAAUAUAUGGUAAUUAAAAGAACAAAUAUAGAUCACACAUGUCAAUAAAAUAAUUGCAAUAAAAAACUGAAACAGUAAGGAUAAUAAAUUGUGCACAACGAAUAUUUGUAACAAUAAAUUCCUUUUAAGUACAGAAGGCAAGUGAA